AUUCUUCGCGAAUUAAACAGUUUGAACAGUUUAUUUUCUGCUGUAACAGCUCUUCUUGACAACAUAUGGAUUCCGAAUAUGGCAGAAGAAGAAGAGUUGUAUGUUGUGUUAGAAAAAAGACUGAAAUUAGCUGAAAAUUUGCUUGAAAGAUGCGAAAAGCUUGGAACACAUGUGGAUGGUGUACAGAAACUSCAGCGGAAAAUCAAGGCAGAAAUUAGUUUUUUGUCUUCACUUAAAGAUAGAAAGACACCAAUCAAGUCAAGUCACAUCCAAAGCACUAAUCUUGCUCAUCUUAGUGGUGUUGUCAAUGCUUCAGAGGAGUCAAAGGAAGUUCAAUCAGUAAUCACAACAUUUCAAAGUAGAGCAGAUAGUGAGGAUGAAGAGCAGAGUGUUUGCUGUACAGUAGAUGUAGUUGCUGCCACUGGAAAUGUAUGGAUUAAAGUUAUUGCAAGAAAUCCUUUGGCUUUGCAUAGAGUAUGGCAAGGCCAAGGAGACUAUGGUGAAAAAGAUUUAGUUGACCAAGCUGAGGAAUUUAUUGAAUGCAGUAAAAGGCAUCCUGUUCACUUCCAAACUCCCCUUGUAUCAUUUMUUUUCUGCAAUGGUGUUACACAGAGUUUAGCAACAAAGCUUACAGAGAUGGGAAUCAGUGUUCAAGGAAAUAUAAUUCCUGAUCCUGGUGAACCUGACACUUCACUUUCACCAUUACCAGUCAUCACACAGUCAAGAGCAUGCAUAAAUCAAGCAAAUCUUGAUGURUCAACAAUGCUUGCAUAUGUAUCUGCUGUGACCAAUGGAGGAGCUAUGUAUGUAUUCAAGGAUGGCAUCAUAAACUCUCAGGCUGAACGAGAGCGUCAAGARCCUUUACUGCCAAAGCUAAUCAGCUAUUUCGAAGGCAAAGAACUGUUUGCAUGUAACUCGGCCAUUGCUGACUUUAAAAAAAUCUUACAAACCAUUGGUGGACCAAAGGAAAAGGAAAGAGCAAGUGUAUUUUUGAAGCGAAUACAUGAAGUUCAAGAUGAUCCAUCAGAGAGGGCUUUGUCUCUGAAGAACAGUGCCAGUAUCAAAUCUAGAUCWAAAAUAAUUUUUGGGACUGGAGAUAAGAUGAAGGCUGUAACAGUAACAGCAAAUUCUGCUUUUGUCAGGGCAGCGCUCAGUCAGGGUKUGAGUUUCAGUGUCUUCACUCACGAGUCCAGGGCUCUCACUGAAGCUAAAGAAAGCGAGGCAACACCCAUUGCACAAUCCUAAAACAACAUUUURUAUUUUCUAAGAAAGAUUACUUGACUUAUGGUCUCAAUUGUAAAUACUUGUAACAAGUCCAUGACACCACAAAAACAUUAAUUUGCAAAAUUUGUUGCAACAAAUUUGCAACAUGCGUUAUAAAUAUUCCAUCACGCCAAAAUCAAAAUAAAUUAUUAUCAAUA